AUGGAGAGGAAGAAGGAAGGGGGAACAGAAAGACAUCAAGGUGGAGAGGAGGAAGGAAGGGGGAACAGAAUGACAUCAAGGUGGAGAGGAGGAAGGAAGGGGGAACAGAAAGACAUCAAGAUGGAGAGGAAGAAGGAAGGGGGAACAGAAAGACAUCAAGGUGGAGAGGAGGAAGGAAGGGGGAACAGAAAGACAUCAAGAUGGAGAGGAGGAAGGAAGGGGGAACAGAAAGACAUCAAGAUGGAGAGGAGGAAGGAAGGGGAAACAGAAAGACAUCAAGAUGGAGAGGGGGAAGGAAGGGGGAACAGAAAGACAUCAAGAUGGAGAGGAGGAAGGAAGGGGGAACAGAAAGACAUCAAGAUGGAGAGGAAGAAGGAAGGGGGAACAGAAAGACAUCAAGGUGGAGAGGAGGAAGGAAGGGGGAACAGAAUGACAUCAAGGUGGAGAGGAGGAAGGAAGGGGAACAGAAAGACAUCAAGGUGGAGAGGAGGAAGGAAGGGGGAACAGAAAGACAUCAAGAUGGAGAGGAGAAAGGAAGGGGGAACAGAAAGACAUCAAGGUGGAGAGGAGGAAGGAAGGGGGAACAGAAAGACAUCAAGAUGGAGAGGAGGAAGGAAGGGGGAACAGAAAGACAUCAAGAUGGAGAGGAAGAAGGAAGGGGGAACAGAAAGACAUCAAGGUGGAGAGGAGGAAGGAAGGGGGAACAGAAAGACAUCAAGAUGGAGAGGAGGAAGGAAGGGGGAACAGAAAGACAUCAAGGUGGAGAGGAGGAAGGAAGGGGGAACAGAAAGACAUCAAGAUGGAGAGGAGGAAGGAAGGGGGAACAGAAAGACACCAAGAUGGAGAGGAGGAAGGAAGGGGGAACAGAAAGACAUCAAGAUGGAGAGGAGGAAGGAAGGGGGAACAGAAAGACAUCAAGGUGGAGAGGAGGAAGGAAGGGGGAACAGAAAGACAUCAAGAUGGAGAGGAGAAAGGAAGGGGGAACAGAAAGACAUCAAGAUGGAGAGGGGGAAGGAAGAGGGUACAGAAAGAUAUCAAGAUGGAGAGGAGAAAGGAAGGGGGUACAGAAAGACAUCAAGAUGGAGAGGAGGAAGGAAGGGGGAACAAAAAGACAUCAAGAUGGAGAGGGGGAAGGAAGGGGGAACAGAAAGACAUCAAGAUGGAGAGGAGAAAGGAAGGGGGAACAGAAAGACAUCAAGAUAG